AUGUUUUAUUCUAGGGUAGAAUGGGUGGAAAUAAUCGAGCCCAAGACAAAGGAACAUAUGUAUGCUAACCUCACUACGGGGGAAUGCGUAUGGGACCCACCUGAGGGAGUUAAAGUGAAACGGACAGAUUCUUCCCAGUGGUGGGAACUUUUUGAUAUCAACACACAUAGAUUUUACUACUACAAUGCAUCAACUCAGACUACUGUAUGGCACAGGCCAACGGACUGUGAUAUCAUACCGUUAGCAAAGUUGCAGACUUUGAAACAAAACACUGAUCCACUAAAAAGACGGGAAAGUGCCACACAGACCAACCAAGCUGCACCUCAGGCUCCAUCAUCAAUAGAUCCAGUGAGCAGCAAUGGUAACAGCACAGCGGCGAGCGCCAGCAAACUAUCGCCCAGCAACGCCAAGAAUGUCUCUCUGCCACAGACCAGUCCUGUGCGGACCAGGCGCGCGCAUUACCAUCAUAGGAAUAGCGGAGAGAGGCGAGGCAGGCUGAGCGAGGACGGUGCGAGCCAGCUGUGCCGGCACACCGACUCCGGCCGCUCCUCCGACAGCAGCGUCAGCAGUCAGCGUCGCAAGCAGGAGCUGGCGGCGGCUGCGUGCGCGCCGGUGUGCACGCCGCAGCUGCGCAAACGCAGCGGCCCCGCGCCGCCGCUCGAAGCCGACAAGUGGUCGCCGCACGCAGGGUUGAACAGGAGUGGCAGCUUCGUCUCGCCGCGGAAGGACGCCUCGGACGACUCCAUGCACGAGAAGUACUUCAAGUCCGUAGAGAGCACACCGUUGACCAAGCGCAAGUUGAAGCAGCAAUCGGCGGGGUCGUCGUGCGAGUCGGCCUCCCCGCAGAGCCCGAGCAGCCCCCUGCAGAAACCGCAGCCCCAGCCCUUCCUACAGACAUCGGCGGCGCGGCCGUCGCUGGUGUCGUCCAUCUCGCUGGCCACGGACGCGGCGGGCGGCUCGCGCGUCAUGCACAGCCUGGAGCGCCCGCACCAGCUGUCGCGACACGCGAGGGAGCGCUACUCCGACAGGCACCUCGACAAAGAUCGGCUGGUGGAGUUAGAGCGAACGGAGCGCUUCGACAAGCAGGCUGCGUAUAGUGUGGACAAACCCUUCCGGCAGACCAGCUUAGACCUGCGACAUCACGCGCCUAAUUGGCAUCCGCCGAGGGAGUUCACUAGAAGGCAGCAAGCGGAACCGGAGCGUUACACGUCAAGCAAAAGUUCGUUAUCGUCCGGCAGCAGCAAGCGGCAAGAACCACACCACAACUUCAUGCGGCUCUGCUCGGCCAAUGAACAAGACAAUAUGGCCGCCGUGAACUACAAGAUGAAAUGCAUCAACCUGGACCCGCCGCUAACGGAGCCCAACGUGCAGAAGCACAACCAGAGGCUAGAGAGGUCCACGGCGCCGAGAGAUCGCGCCAAAUCGAGACGUCACAAGAGGCCAGAAGAGGUAGAAGAGUCUCCGCUAGACGCGGACGAAGAAGACGACGAAGGUUCCCCGCUGUACUGCAACUGGGACCUCCGCGGCAUGCAGCACCUGCUGCCGCUGCAGGAUUACAUCAUCCAGCAGGCCAAGCUGUCCAGGGGCGGUCGGUACGCCGACGGGUCGGGGUCGGACAACGAGUCGGCGUCGUCUCGGUCCCGCUCCGGGUCUAUGGGGUCGCGCUCGCUGUCGGGGCACGAGCCCGACAACGAGUCGAGCGACGGCGGCGCGCGCACGCCGGACGACGACGACGGCUCCGGCGUCUACCUCGCGCACCAGCACGCCGAGUACAUGAACCACGGCGUCGCCUACUACAACACCUUCCACGAGCCCGACAAGGACUACCACCGGCCGGCAGCGGGCGCGGAGGCGCUGUACAGCCCGGUGCGCGCGCACGCGCCGCGGCCGCCGGAGCAGGACAUCGAGAUCUUCGCCAAGGACCACCUCAACUUCAACAAGGGCAUCUUUAGGAAGAAGGCGUCAGUACGCGACAUGUUAUCGUGGACGUCAUCGGGCAUCAGCGCGCCCAUGGUCGGCGCGGACUGGGACAAGGCGCACAAGAAGGCAGCCACCGACCUGUUCAGACUUGUCCAGAUAUACAUGGGCGACCGCAAGGCUCGCCCGGGGAUGACGCUCAACUCCGUCGCCCAGGACUUGCUACAUGCCACCUUCGCUAAUGAGAAACUGCGAGACGAGCUGUACGUGCAGCUGUGCCGGCAGACGACGGAGAACCCGCUGCGGGACUCGCUGCUGCGCGGCUGGGAGCUGCUGGCCGUGUGCCUCGCCUUCGUGCCGCCCUCGCCCGCCUUCCAGCCCGCGCUCACCAACUAUGUCAACCGCCACCGCGACCCCGCCUUCGCCGACGCCUUCCCCGAGGUUGGCAAGUGGCCGAUCCACGUGCAAGUGUCGCACUACGCGGGCGUGGCGUGCAAGCGGCUCGAGCGGAUCGGCGUCAGCGGCAAGCGGCAGCCCAGGAAGCCCACCACCGAGGACAUCGACCAAGCGCGGAUCCAAAUAUUCCGACAGUCAAUGUUCGGCAAUACGCUAUCCGAAGUAAUGGCGUUACAAAAAGAACGGUUCCCGAACCGCCAGCUCCCGUGGGUGCAGGUGGCGCUCUCGCAGCAAGUGCUGGCGCUGAGCGGCCGAGAAACUGAGGGCAUCUUCAGGGUGUCGGCCGACGUGGACGAGGUGGCCGCGCUCAAGGCCAAAAUUGAUAAUUGGGAGCUGCCGGACGCUUCAACCCUCACUGAUGCCCACGCACCGGCCAGCCUGCUCAAACUUUGGUACCGGGAGCUUUACGAGCCCCUUAUACCGGACGCGCUAUACGCGCCGUGCGUAGCCGCAGGUUCAGACUACGCCGCAUGCUCGAGGGUGCUGCAGCGUCUACCGGCGCUGAACCGACUGGUACUAACCUAUCUCAUAAGCUUCCUCCAACAAUUCACCGCUCCCGAAGUAGUAAGUCAAACGAAAAUGGACUCUGCCAACCUCGCCAUGGUGUUCGCGCCCAACUGCCUCCGCUGCACGUCGCAAGACCCCAGGGUCAUACUAGAGAACGCGCGGAAGGAGAUGACCUUCCUGAAGACCCUUAUCACGAAUCUGGACACGUCCCAUGUGCAGGACAUGCUGUGACCGAAUCUCAAUAACAAUUACGGGAAUGAUGAAUACUCGUUGCAUGGACGUUCGUGGUUUUAGCUAUUUUAGUGAAGUAUGUAUAAAACUUUACCGAGAUUCCGGCAGUGAUUAACGCAUAUGUCAAAAUAUGCGUGUAUAUUCAGAUUUAAGUAAAUUUGGGAUGCAUUUAGCGAUAGUUAAUCCUAUCUAGAUGCGUUAAUAAGAAAGGAAAGUCGAUGUUCUAAACAGUAAAGUGCUACAACCACUUAUCGUUUAUUGAAGUAGGUAACCAUUCAAUCUGCCUUACCAUUUAAACUAUUGCUAUUAAAUAUUCCAGUGGUUUCCAAAACCAAUUGUAGCGAUUAAUAAUUAUAUUCUGUACUGUACUAAUAAGUACAGCCUCCGGUAAUGCGGUUAGGAAUGUUUGAAAGAAAAUUAGCUUUAAUGAACGUUCGUGCAACGGGUAAUGACCCACAAGGACCUAUGCUAUGCCGAUCUGUUUGCGGCUACAUCUGUCCUUCUUAACAGCGCAACACUUGAAUAGUGCAUUUAAAUUGUAAUAGCCCUUCAGAGCUCUUAAAGGAGCUUGAAGGAUUACUAGUGCUAACGUGAUGCGCUAAUGUGCCGUUCUGUACAAAAAGAUACCUUCGCUAAUACAAUAACUAAGCAUUUGUGCUCAUAAGGUCCCUUUCCGUACAGAAUAGCACAAAUAUUAGGGCACUUACCUAAUUCCCAUAAUUAUAUUUGACAUUCUUGUAUAUUGUUUGUAUUUUUGUACGCUAUACUGUAAUUUUAUUUGGUCGUAUCCAAAGAUAUUUAAUGAAAUGUGAUUUUAAUUACAUUAGAAUCUGAGCUUUACAAAAGUGUACGUGCAAUGUGUUCCAGAACGGAACGGUUGCUUGUUUAUAUUUAAUUUAGUUGUAGAGAGUGAAUGAAUUUAUUUUUAUUACAUUAUUUUUAUUAUGUACCAUAAUAAUAAGUUUUGCUAUUGAACGAGGCAGCUAUAUUUUUCAGGACGAAAGAAACGCAUUACAAUUAUGUUAGGUUAAGUAAAUUAAUAAUAUCGAGGCACCUACUAAGACUACGACAGUAAGAGCGUCUACACUCUUUUGGACGUAAUAGGUUAGUUUUUAAUUAAUAAAUUCAAUUGUUUACCUACAGUAAUCCAUUUUAACAUCUUCACUAAGUUCAAGACCAUACUAAUGCACUUAGGGACGUUAUUUUGUAUUUAGUUGAAUUGAUUUUGAUCGUUAAAGAAACUAACCUUUUAUGAUGUGCGCGGAUAUAUUCAAUUUGGUCUCAAUAUUGUUUAUCCUUAUACUUCAAUUCACAAACACCAUAUGUUAAUAAGUUAGUAAAUAAACCACAUCACAAGUAGUUACUAUAUUUUAGUGAAUAAUUUAGAAUUGACAAAAGCAAUAAAAUCCAACUAUGACGCAUCUCGAAAUUCGAGGAAAGAUACGUUUAUUAUGAGUUAUAACACUUAUAACUUAAUAGCUAGUGGUCGUUCUCAAAGUCAAUGUGACACUUACGCUUCCACGAUACGCACUUACGCCCUGAAUGCGCCUACAUACGUACGCCAUACAUUGGGUAAAAGAAAUGUAUGGCGACGGUGUAAGCGUCAAGUAUGUACGCUCGAAGCGUGCGUCCCGGGACUUUUGGCCUUGGCCUCGGGUUCCAGCCAUUUAGUGGACUACAUAUUCACUGAUAUAAUGAAAAUGGAAUUUAACCAAAUGAAUUACGGUUCAAAAUAAAAAGUUUUGAUAAAAAAUAUUAAAUAUGGAGGUUGACAAUUGUUUUACUCACAAGUAGCUGAGGAUAUGUACCAUAUCUAUUUAGAAUGAAUACGAAAGAAAUGGCUGCAUAUUCUUUGGACUACAAUUUAUCGGAUUUUAAAUUACAGGAUCCAUUUUUCUCUUAGCGAUGUGUGAAAUCUCCAUAGAAGCUAUUAAACAUAUUAAAUGGUUCUGCGAAGUGGACAAGAAGUUGAUCUUACUAAGAAAUGUGACGCGACGAGGUUAAGUUACUAAUCUAGGAUAAUAUAAUACUUAUAAACAAAUGCAGCUUUAAAUUUUUAAUGUGUACAUGCCUAAACGGAAAAUAAAAUUCUGUUCACAAUAAAAUAAAAACUUUUCACAAUUCUUGGGCACACUCUACUAUCUUCAAUAAGGAUUGUAAAAUAUUUGACACGCUUAUUUUUUUCGAUAAAAAAUAUCCACUUAAACACUAGCUCUGUUCGUGAUAUUCGAGCGAAUAGACGUAAUACCUAAUUACCUACUGGGUUACCUUGGAAUUUAUCAAAAAUGCAGUUAUUGAGUGCUUGCACUUAUGAGGGUCAAGCGAACAUGUUAAAUAUUCAUCGGUAUUCUUUUUUACGAAAAUAUGUUUUCGAUUAUUGCUGAUAAUGUUGACGAUAUGUAUUCAAUAGUUCUAUAUGUACCUAAUCUCUAAAACGAUCGAAUAUUUGGUAAUACUUACCUUGCUUCUUAUUUUUACGGAAACGUACGAACGUGUCUUGUUAAGUAUUUCAGUCAGUGCCGGUACAAAAAGUACCGAGGUUGGUUGAAGUAGAAUGACAAAUACCUACGACGUUUUCGAGAAAAUACGAAGGAAAACAAUUAUGCACUACAUCUGGAAAUAGUUACUUGUACAACAAGAGAUCAAAGUUUGAUAUUUCUUCGAUUGCUUAUUUUGAGUCCCGUGCAAGCGAAAGAUUCUAUAAUAGAUUCACGAGCCUUCAAGAAAAGAGCGUACCUACUUAAAGGCCAACAACGCACUUGCACCCCGCUGGUGUUGUAGGUGUCCAUGGACGACGGUGCUCGCUUUCCAUCUAUUCGAUCAAGCGAGUCGGCUCGUUUGCCUCCUAUAUAAAUACAAUUCAUGUUUUGAUUGACGCGUUCCGUAAACGAUUGUCUCUACUCUCUUGAGCCAUAGCGACAGCAGACGUUGCAUAACUAUAGUCUGUAUCUUUAGGUAUUAAAAAAAAGUAAACAAACAAUUUGUACAUUUUCGGGUAGUUAUAAUAUUUAUUGCUUAACCAACCAAACAUUGGGCUAGCGUGGGGACUAUAGCCCAAGCCCUCUCGUGCUCGAGAGGAGUCCUGUGCCCAGCAGUGGGACGUAUAUAGGCUGAGAUGAUGAUGAUGAUCCAACCAAAUACAAAACCGCCUGGAUCAGUCACUGAACGACCUGACUUUAACCUACAUUACUUGAUCAUGUAAUGUUUUCAAUUUUCAUCGAGGGUAGAUUUUAAAUACCUAAAGAUACUGAGUAUCCUCCGAAGUCCCUGCGUACAAUUUCUUGUAGGAACAUAUUCCAAAAUCUAUUUUGAACUUUUAUUGUGUAACUAACGGUUCAAAUUUCAAAAACAAAACAAUUGCUUCUGGGUCUCAGGAGGGUAUAGUAUAAUAAAUGCGGAAGUAAGAUUUUUAUCUUACCAACAACACAACUCCUUGUUUAUAAUGCUGUAGGGUUACGGCUACAUUACGCCGCGCGGACAAGUCAUGCUUACGCCGCAUUUCCACUGCUCUUACACGGUGAGCAAUUAUCUCGGGUUUACCACUGAUUCAUUCUAGCCUUGCAGUGUGGCCAUUUAAGUUAUGUAAUUAGCUGGAGUAAACUAAGUUACAAGUAUUUGUUUGUCGCCAGAAGUAAAUAAGUACCUACAUGUAACUUAAACAGAAGACAACAAGCGGGCUUAAAUCCAUGCACAAUGAAAAUAUACACCUAUGUUGUAUACCUUGACAUUUUUAAUGCUUCCAAUUUACUCAAAUAAUUAAAAAUCCGAUUGUACAGUUAGCAUUCAAAGUUACGCUACUUUGUACGUACGGAGUACACGUCAAAAGAAUCUACCAUUUACUGUAAGCUGAAGAAAAAGAGUUAUAUAUCUCUGCGUAUAGAACAAUUGAACUUUUGCAGAUACUUUUCAACGGGAACACAUUUCGAUACUGAUAUACAGGGUGGCUAAAAAAGCUUGCCCCGAAAUCGCGAAAAAAAAAUGCCUGUUUCAUACAUUUUGGCUGGUCCAAUUUCUAUCGGACGGUAAUUUUUUUUCGCGAUUUCUGGGUUGGUUGCAUAGUAAAAGUUGCUCAGUAUAAUCCUAAAAUCUCCCUGCCAACGGGAAUGCAGUUAUUUUUUAUCCACCGUGUAUAUCUAUUUUGAAAAGUAUCCAAGGUUGGUAGAUACUUUUGGUUCAUCGUUUCAUACGAUAUGUGACGUUCCAAGGAAAAAGGUACCUUAUGGCGACUGGCGCUUACGUCGCAUAGCGCAACAAUAAUAUUGGAGCAGCGUUAAUAAUAGGGUAAGCGCCAACCGCAAUAAGGUACCUUUAGCCAUGGGACGUCACAUAUUCUUGGUGCUGACUGUAAAAUCAAUUGACAACGUUAAUAACAGUAACAGUUAAGUUUUGUAUUCAGUAAAUUAGACGAAGGUUUACCCGAAUACUGGGUACAGUAUAGUACGGAAGCUAGUGCUUUAAUAAGUAUAGUCAAGGACCAUAACCAAUAAGGUUAGUCCAUGGUAUAGUGCAGUGUAUAAGUAGGUAUAAAUAAUGUUAUAAGUACCUACUAUACACUGCUCCGCUAGUCAGUUAGUGUCUGCCCCAACAAAUCAGUAAUAAAUAUGCACUUACUAGACACACCACAUAGCUUCUAUCCGACAAAGAGCAACCGGCCGCCCGUAUUUCUAGCGAGGACCGAUUGACUCACGCAAAUGAUACAAAUUAAAAAACAGCCAGUGUCGUCCGUUUAAAAGGGAACCUUACGCGGAAUAAUGCUUAUUAUGCAAACUGACGCAAUUGCCUAAAACUCUUUUUUCUUGCGGAUCGACAUAUUUGAGUCUACACCGUGUUUUUUUUGUUUUCCGUUAAUUUCAAAGGUGCAUUCCUGAGCUUAAAUCAAGUAACUUUCUCAAAGACACCGAUAUUCUAAUUAACUCCGUUUCGGAGAUAAUCAAUAUUUAAUUUUUUUCCUUUAAGGCCUCUACAAGCGUGUACACUUGCCUUAGGGCCGGUUUACAUAUUGAUUAGUGUUUAGAAUGAGUUCAUACAUUUGCUACUAAACUUAAGUAAAAUCUCGGUCAAUCGAUGUUCGAAAUGACAUGUCACCGAUUUCAAUUGUUUGGUUGAGUUAAAUGUAAUGGCCGUCUUAAAACAACACUACAUGCUACAUUUAAUUACUUUAUAACUUUUUUUUUUAAAGCAAAAAAAAUUUUUUUUUUGAAAAUUAACUAUGUCAUUUAGUUCUCUUAAACGUACUUAACCAUACCCCGAAGUUAACGGAAUUCAAUAAAAACACGGUGUAUAAAGAGAUUGAAGAGUACCUAUUGAAGUGUCUUAGAGAUUUGAUUAUGCUAGAAUCUCUUAUUAUCUAACGUUGAAGAAAAUUUACUUUGUAGUUACGUCAUUAGCAAUUCAAUGCAGUCUAAUCUAAGAUCUUUGUUUACAAAGUAGCUAGGAAAAGUUUAGAGAAAUAUUUUUCUGUAGUAGAAACUUAAGUAAUGAAGUAUAUCGCAUUUUAAAACUCCUAUUAAUAAAGUUACGGAUACCUAUUCAAGCGCUGCUCUACGAAUGCAUUGUUAUAUUUUAAGAACUUAUAGUGUCGGUAUAAGACUUUUAUUUUUAAUAAGUAAAAUAUUUUUACACAGUCAAUUAAAUGUCCCACCCGAACAUGAUUUUUGGGGUUCCGGACUGUAAUUUGAUUGGUGUUCUGAAUUGAACACGAUAAAAUUUAAUAAUUUGUCAUGUGAAUCUAAAAUGUGCUAUUUUUAUGCCUGAUCGAAGAAAACAGUCACAAAACUUAAUUUAUUUAACAAAUACAGGUAUUUUCUGAUUUCAGAAGCUGCUUGUUUCUUUUAUGCUUAGAUAAAGCACUGAUUACAUGAUAUUGUCAAUUUUUAGUAGGUAGUUGUCGGUACCUACCAGCUCAUAAUGUUUCACUUUUUUCAAAAAAAAAUACAUUGAGACAUAUUCUGAUUCUUUUUCUUUUGUAUUGUGUGGAUUUCCUAAUCCGAGUCAACAGUAACAUCUUGGUAUAAUGUGAUCAUGUAAUGAUUCUACUCUAAUGUAUCAGGAUAAAUAAAACAUUUUUUAUAUGCAACAAAUAAACCAUAAUAGGGAUUCCAGAAUUAGAUAAACUGACAGCAGUUUGAAAAAAUAAAAUAGAUUUAGGCAUAUUUGUGUUAAAAUAUGAAUUUUAAGACCCACAUAUAAAAAGUACAUUAAUUUAUAAGAAUAAUUAACGGUCAUAUAAUAAAUAAUUCAUAAAUGCGGUAAUCACAUUAAAUACAUGCGCCUACUCCCGUUUCACUGUCUAAUUCUGGAAGCAAGAAAAGCUGAUCAUUAAUUACAUCUAAUAAUACAUUUCUGGUGUAUAUCUCCAUUCUGUAAAUAAUGAAAGGUGUGGCGGCGUGCCCUUCGGCCCGUCCGUGCCCUAGGACCCGUUUUGCAGUCGCUCUGCAUUCACCAACGCCGCUACGUUCACAUCUUAUGUAGAUCAAUGCUACACUGAUUGACAACAACUCUUACUUAAUUUGUUUAAGUACUUUAAUUCUAACUGGUAUUUUACUUCUGUGCUAUAAGAUUCUAGUUCAGCAUUUCAUAUCUGAUCGAUUUGUGUAAGCACAAAUACUUACUUGAAAUUGUAUGUGAUAACGAUUUGCUAAAACUUUUUUUUUUAUAUGUAAAUAUGAGACAUUAUUGGGACAAAAAAUUCAAACUAAACAAUUUGCUAAAACUGUCUGACUUUUUAUAUUUCAAAACACUUUCGAAAUACCUCGAUGUUAUUGCAAAAACGUGAAUCUUCAGUUUGAUAUUUUUGUGUUACCGUUUGCAAGUGAUUCCAAUGUUAUAUUCUGUGCCAUAAAAUUUGUACAUUACGCUGGUACGAUACUGAGUAUCUUUGGUAACUAUUUAGUUCACGAUUAGAUUAUUUUAAGAUAUUAGGCGUUAGAAUAUUUCAUUUGAGAAAUGAUAAGUAACUAAUGUUUGUGGCCUAGCUAGAUGACUUGUGAAAGGGAGAAUUAGUGUUUAAGUAUACACGGUUUAUUUAAAAAGCUCUCUUUUUUAUUCUAGCAUAAUAUAUUCCUAAACAGAGCAAACACAAGUCUAUUAGCCUUAUUCCCGAUAUAAUGUAAAUCUUGCACUUAUACGCAAUAGCAGUGAGUUUAUACAUAAAAUAUUAUUAAUAUAUAGAUGCUAGAACCUAUUCAAAAUGUGCUUACUUCAAAUUAUGUAAAGUUGUAUAGUGCUUAUAAAUAUCUAAAUGCAAACAGAAUUUUCAAUACAAUUUUAAAUCCUCUGUAUAUAUCACGCCUAAUUUUCUUUGUUAUUAAUGACAAUAUAAUGCCUAUGAUGUUCAUAAAGUAGAAUAUCUCUGUAAAUGUGAAAGAGAAUAAAUGGCUAUCCAGUGGAUAGCCGCGAAUACCA